GAGGAAAAUUCAAUCGGAUACAAUUCUACUUUGACGUCCGCAAGGAGAACACACCACUCUCUCUCCUCUUUCUCUCUCUAAACUUACAGCGAAGAACAGGAAUUUCCUCUCAUCUCUCCAGAAAGAGAAGAUUGAAGACGACCUGUCACUGAAGAAGGUUAAAGUUCUAACCAAAAACCCUAAUAGUUUGCAUACAGAAGAGUAUAUAUUGUAUGUGUAUCACAUACGGAGAAUAUAAGAGAAAAGUGACGCUAUAGAAUUGUGUCCUGCAGAAGAAUUUACAUCACCAUUGAAUUCGUUACUCUGGUUUCAAGAUUUGAUGUUUAUGCUUGAGUCAAGAUUAAGUUUCUAGUAUAGUUUUGUGUAGAGCGGCAUUGAAAGCGUUAGCAGGUACUUUGAGAGGUCGAAGGUGGGAUAUUGUCAAAUGCCUACUCGUAUUUCUGGAAGAAUGUUUUGGUAUCUACGCAUAGAUAUGUUAACUGAUUUACAAGAAUGACGAGUUAUGCAGAAAUCAAUGAGAGAACUGGCUGGAGGUUUGUACUUCCCAACUGCUAAAACAACACUAGGAUGUUCAAGGCCAAAGCUUGUUUUAGGUUUUUUGGUAAUUGUCUCGUGUUUGGCAACACUCAACAGUAUAAGCUCAGAUGUCAAGGUUUUCCAUUUCUUUUGGUACGCAAUAAGGAUUCAGGCGUGCUUACAAACUGCCAAUUGGUUGCUGGUUUGAGUGAUAAAGCUGUACCUGUCUGAUAGCCCAUCUUAGUGUGUUAUAUCCUUAGACACAAAUUUUUGUGGGUUCAUGUCAUUUUAGGUUGCACCUGUUAUUUAGAAAAGAUCUGCCAUUAUUUUCUUUUUUGGGAAGAUGGUACCUCCAGGGCCACCCACUCCACUUGCUGGUGCGCAGUCUGUUCCAUCUUCCUUGUUGCGAUCAAAUUCGGGUUUAUUGGGUAGCCAAGGGGGUUCUAUGCCUUCUCAGUCUGGAUUUCCUUCCCUCGUCUCACCACGUACUCAAUUUAAUAACAUGAACAUGCUUGGAAAUGUGCCAAAUGUAUCUUCCCUCCUCCAUCAGUCUUAUGGUAAUGGAGGGCCAGGCUCAGGGAUGUCUGGCUCUGCGAGUUCCCUAAGGGGUAUGAUCGAUAACGGGGCCGACUCUGAUCCAUUGUCAAGCAUGGGGAAUGGGAUGGGUUUUAAUGCCCCUUCCUCGUCCCUUGGUCCAUCAAAUAUGGUAAACUCAAAUGCACCAGGUCAAGUGCCAGGACAGCAUUUUUCAAAUUCAUCUGGCAACCAGAUAUUGCCAGAUCAACAACAGGGCCAACAGCGUGAAUCUCCAAACUUGCGACAGAGCCAGCAGUCUCUGCAGCAGUACUCUGUCCCUAACAAUAACCAUCAUCAGCAGCAAUAUCAAACAAGUCAAGGUGGAUUAGGCGGCAUUGGACAAGUGAAAAUGGAGCCACAAGCGGCAAAUGACCAGCACGGCCAAAAUCCUCAACAGAUGCAAGCCUUGCGAAAUCUUGGUUCAGUCAAAAUGGAAACACAGCAGGUUCAGGCCAUGAGAAACUUACCGCCUGUGAAGAUGGAGCAACACUCUGACCAGUCAUUGUUUCUGCAUCAACAGCAACAACAACAACAACAACAGCAACAAUUCCUUCACAUGUCCAGACAAUCUCCUCAGGCUUCUGCUGCACAGAUUAAUCUUUUGAAUCAACAGAGAUUCUUGCAUCUACAACAUCAGCAGCAACAGCAACUAUUGAAGAGUAUUCCUCAGCAACGGCCUUCGCUGCAACCGCAGUUUCAACAACAAAAUUUAUCAAUGAGAUCACCUGCAAAACCUGUGUAUGAACCAGGAAUGUGUGCGAGACGGCUGACACAUUAUAUGUAUCAGCAACAACAUAGGCCUGAAGACAACAACAUUGAGUUUUGGAGAAAAUUUGUCGCUGAGUACUUUGCUCCUAAUGCCAGGAAGAAAUGGUGUGUUUCUUUGUAUGGUAAUGGGCGCCAUACCGCAGGAGUUUUUCCUCAGGACGUAUGGCACUGUGAAAUAUGCAAUAAGAAGCCAGGCCGUGGCUUUGAGGCCACUGUUGAAGUUCUGCCCAGGCUUUUCAAAAUAAAAUAUGAAAGUGGUACUUUGGAGGAGCUCUUGUAUGUUGAUAUGCCCCGAGAAUAUCAGAAUUCUUCAGGUCAAAUUGUUCUGGACUAUGCAAAAGCCAUACAGGAGAGUGUUUUUGAGCAACUGCGGGUUGUUCGUGAUGGCCAACUACGAAUAGUCUUUUCUGCAGAUUUGAAGAUAUGCUCUUGGGAGUUCUGUGCUCGGCGUCAUGAAGAGCUUAUCCCUAGGAGACUGCUGAUACCACAGGUUAGUCAACUAGGUAAUGCAGCUCAGAAAUACCAGGCUUCAACUCAAAGUGCUUCAUCAAGCUUAUCUGUACCAGAAUUGCAGAACAAUUGUAAUAUGUUUGUUGAUUCAGCUCGUCAGUUGGCAAAAGCAUUGGAUGUACCGUUAGUUAAUGAUUUAGGAUAUACGAAGAGAUAUGUCCGGUGUCUUCAGAUAUCAGAAGUGGUUAAUAGUAUGAAGGAUUUGAUCGAUUACAGCCGAGAAACGAGGACUGGGCCUAUGGAGAGCUUGGCAAAAUUUCCACGGAGGACAUCUUCGACAUCAGGGUUUCAUAGUCAACCUGAAGAACAGCAAAAACCACAGCAGCUGCAAACAGUGGUUCAAAGUACAUCAAACAACGAAACAUCUGCUAUGCAAAUUGCAUCCACUAAUAGCAUGCCUAGUGUAAAUAACUGUUCCAAUAUUACCAUCGAUGGGCUGCUGCACCAGAACUCUAGACAGCAAAGUUCACUUAGUAAUACAAAUGGUCCCUAUGGCAUUCAGAUUCCUUCCCCUGGAUCCUCGAGUACACAACCGCACCCUAACCCAUCUCCUUUCCAAUCACCAACUCCAUCCUUAUCUAACAAUCUCCCUCAAGGUUCAGGAGCACCCUUGAAUUCUGCUACCUCCCCAAAUAUUUCAUCGAUGCCGCAGCCGACUCUUUCUAGUGAUGCAGAUGCGAAUGACUCUCAAAGCUCCGUUCAGAAAAUAAUACAGGAAAUGAUGAUGUCUUCCCAACUUGGAGGCAAUGGGGGUGUUGGUUCAGUGGGAAUCGAAAUGAAAAAUGCUAAUGAUUUGAUUCAGGGAGGAGGCAAUAGUAGUAGUCCGGGUGUUGUCGGAAAUGGGACUGGGAACAAUAUGAUUACAAGUGGUGGGCAAAUGGGUAUGGUGAAUGGAAUGCGAGCGGCGAUGGGGGGUCAUAAUUCGUUGAGUAUGAACGGAAGGGUUGCAAUGUUGAAUCAUCAUCAACAACAGCAACAACAGCAACAGCAGCAGCAGCAGGACAUAGGGAGCCAAUUGCUUCUUAAUGGUCUUGGAGCUGUUAAUGGAUUCAAUAAUCUACCGUUUGAUUGGAAACCGUCUCCAUAAGUAUAUUCUAUAAUGGCAGUGUCGUUUGAAAGUGAAGAUUUCGUUGGAAUCUGGGUUUCGACAUUGCAAAGAAGAUACACGGAUAUAUAUAGGGACACGAUGGGAAAAAGCAAGUCCGCAUUGUACUAAUUUCAGAGAUGAAAGGAAAGAUAUAGUAGCAUGGCAAUCGGUUUAUUUUGCUUCUUUUGUGGUUUUUGAUUUGGUUUUGCAUCAAAAUUGGUUGUUUAUGUUGCUUGAUUUUGUUCCCAUAGAUUUUGUGAUUGGAAAGGCCCGACUAAUGUGGUUGACAUGAAGAACAGAAGCAUCGAUGGGUUGGGCUCGUCUUGGUGCUGCCUUGAUACUAGUAGUCGUAGUCGUAGUCGUCGUCGUCGUCUUAUAUCUGACUGCUAUAUCUUUCUUUCUCCACUAGAAGUGAGUGUAUAUAUUCUAUGGAAUGUUGGAGCAGUUUAAUGUAGAAUUUAGUAUUUUUUUGGUGAUUAAUAUUCUUGCUGCCAAUUGUUUUUA